AAACAUCAUCUAACAUUGCAGUUUUGUUGUUGGCGAAAAAAAUUAAUUAUUUUAUCGUAAAAUCUUAAAAAUUACAGUAAGUAUUUGUGGAAUAAUAUAUUCUAAGCAUUUAUAAAAAGUUAGCCGCCCGACACUAUUAUCAAUGCUGCGUACACUGACUAUUAACCUUAUAAAAUGCCGGCGCCCUAUUCAAUCUGAUUCAUUGGCGAACAAAAGUUGUCGUAAUCGGUACUCUACAGGAACACUUCAGUCUAAAACUCCACAAGUGAAUAAAGUAGUUAAUGCAAUGGCUGUAGACAACUCAAAUUUUUUACUUCCAAAUAAUCAGAGAUUUGUGGAACUGGAUAGUUCACAAGCCUUUAAUAACUUGACUAAACAGGAGAAACUGUAUGCUCAUUAUUUAAGUCACGCAGCUUGGAAUGGUGGGCUAAUAGUGCUUCUCCAAACUAGCCCCGAAUCUCCAAGAAUUUUUUCACUGUUACACCGGAUAUUCCUUGGGGAACCUCUGGAGAGUCUCAAACAAUCUGCACUGAAAGCUGGAGCCAGUGAAGAUGAUUUUCAGGCUUUCCUAGUAUAUGCUGGUGGAAUAUUUGCCAACAGUGGUAACUACAAAGGGUUUGGGGACACAAAAAUUAUUCCAAAUCUCUCGAAGGAAUCCUUUGAGAUUAUUGUAAAGGCGUCGAAAGCUUUUGAAAAUGACACCACUCAUAUAACAAAGCUCUGGCAGAAUAACAAGAAUGCUAUUUAUAGCCUCACUCCAAGACUGACCAGCCUCGGACUGGCUGACAAGGGUGUAACAACAUACUUCUCAAGUAACUGCACUGAGGCAGACUCAAACUUAGUGAAUGACUGGAUGAAGACAAAGCGCAUUGAAGCGUACAUAUGCAGGACUUUCAAGACCACAGCUGAUGAUGGACUGCCCUUGUACACUGUUCAUUUGGCGAGUGUCGAAACCUCAUCUAAACCACCGCUAACCAUGGAAAAAGAAAAAUACAAGAACGCCUACUUCCAAGUGACGAGGGGAGACUACUCCCCUCUCCUCAAACUGGUGAAUGAAAACCUGGAAAAAGCCAAGGAGUAUGCUUUGAAUGAAAAUGAGAAGAACAUGUUAAAACAUUACAUCAACAGUUUCAAGGAAGGCGAUUUGGAUGAGCACAAAGAAGGCAGCAGAUACUGGAUCAAGGAUAAGGGACCUAUUAUUGAAACGUACCAAGGUUUUAUUGAAACAUACCGCGACCCGACCGGACAGCGCGGUGAGUUCGAAGGCUUCGUGGCGAUGGUCAACAAGGAGAUGUCCAAGAAGUUUGGAGACCUCGUCGACGGCGCUGAGAGGUUCAUCAAACUGCUGCCAUGGGGCGAGGAUCUGGAGAAGGACUCGUUCCUCCGGCCUGACUUCACCAGCUUGGAUGUUCUGACGUUCUCCGGCAGCGGGAUUCCCGCCGGGAUCAACAUUCCCAACUACGAUGAAAUCCGCCAAAACGAAGGCUUCAAGAACGUGUCGCUCGGCAACGUCAUCCCAGCCGCGUACAAGGAGUCCGUCAUCCCGUUCCUUUCAGACUCCGACAAGCAACUGCUGGAAAAAUACAGGGUGGCCUCCUUUGAGGUACAAGUAGGCCUACACGAGUUGCUAGGCCACGGCAGCGGGAAACUGCUGCGUCAAAACGCCGAUGGCAGUUUCAACUUUGAUAAGGAGAAAGUUAAGAAUCCAUUAACAGGCAAACAAAUCGAGUCAUGGUACACGGACGGCGAGACAUAUGACAGCAAGUUCACAACUUUGGGCUCGGCCUUCGAGGAGUGCCGCGCCGAGGCCGUCGGUCUCUACCUCUCGCUGGAUACCGAGAUACUCAAAAUCUUCGGCUACGAGGGCGAGGAGGCUCAAAACGUGACGUACGUGAACUGGCUGAGCCUGCUGUGGAACGGCGCCGCCAAGGCCACCGAGAUGUACCAGCCCUCCACCAAGACUUGGCUGCAGGCGCACGCACGUGCCCGCUUCGUGCUCAUGCGCCUCCUGGAGUUAGAAGGCGACGGGCUGCUCACCGUCGCCGAGACCGAGCCCGGCAAGAACCUGCUGCUCACUCUACAGAAGGACCGUCUCGCUACAGACGGCAAGAGAAUCAUUGGUGACUUCCUGGUGAAGUUGCAGACCAUCAAGGCUACAGGCGACGUGGCGAGCGGCGAGCAACUGUUCGACAAGUACAGUCGCCUGGACGGGGUAUGGGCGCGCUGGCGGGACAUCGUCAUGCUGCACAAACAGCCGCGCAACAUCUUCGUGCAGCCCAACACUACACAUGAAGGUAAGUGACUUCCUAGUCAAGGUA